GCCACGGCAACGCGGCCAUACUGGCCCCAACGGACCCAGGGGCCUGGAGCUGCAGCGCGGCGGCCUCGUGGGCAGACCCAGAGCAUGGACAGCCUCUUCGUAGAGGAAGUGGCGGCCUCCCUGGUCAGGGAGUUCCUCAGCAGAAAGGGCUUAAAGAAGACGUGUGUGACCAUGGACCAGGAACGCCCACGCUCUGAUCUCAGCAUAAACAGCAGAAAUGUUCUCCGAAAGGUUUUGCAUCUUGAAUUUCUCUACAGAGAGAACAAGGCAAAGGAAAAUCCUCUGAAAACAAACCUUGAACUCAUUACCAGAUAUUUUCUGGAUCACUUUGAAAAUACUGCCAACAAUCUCACUCAAGAAACACCAAUCCCUGCACUCUCAGUUUCAAAGAAAAAUAACAAAUUACCGUUGAGAUGCUCAGAGACCACGCUAGUAAAUAUAUACGACCUUGCAGAUGAAGAUGCAAGUUGGAGAACAUCAUUGUCAGAAGCGAGCAAAGCCAGACACAGCAAUCUUGAUGGGGAUGUACUGGGUAAUUUUGUGUCAUCUAGAAGGCCUUCACACCAAAGUAAGCCGGUGCAGACUGUCCCAGGUGAAAGGCCCCCUCUGACUCCUGCUUGGGAGAAGACGGACAAGUUUCAGUCAUCAGAGCCUGUCUUGGACACGAAGAGGAUGGGCGAGAAGAUCAGGCCCAAGUCUGGCCUGAUUUUCCGAGGCAUGAUGGCCGGGCCCAUCGCCAGCUCCCCACAGGAUUCCCUCCGCAAACGCUCGCUGAGGCGGUCCUCAGCCUCGAGCAGCUCAACCCAGCCCCCCGAGGAAGAGAGCCCACCCGUUCCCGACACCCCAGCCUGUCCUGCCCCUCAGGAGGGCCUGGCUUCCAGCACCGGCUCCAUCCCCAGGAACCCACUGGGGCCGCUUAGCGAGGUGCCCUCGGAAAAGCAGAGAACCUCACCCAGCAGCCCUCCUCACUUGCCAGGCAAAGGGCUGCCCCAGAGGGGGAGUGACAGGUGGAAGGAUCUUUCGGAGGACAGUACAGCCAUGGACAGUGGCCCAGAAGCUGACAGGACUGCUUUGAAGUUCUCCUUGUCUGGUGGGAAUACCCUGACAAUGCAGGAGAGGCUGGAAAGAGCGUUCAAACGGCGGCAGGGGAGCCAGCUGUCACCCCUCAGGAAAAAUCAGUUGUCGGCGUCCAACAAGGUCGAUGAGGAGCUGGCUGUGCUUCAGAUUGAGGAUGUGGAGGAUGAAUUGGUAAAGGAAGAAGUCAUCCUGUCUCCAGUCCCAUCAAUGCUCAAGCUGCAAGUAGCAUCAAAGCCCAUCGACCUCUCAGUGGCAAAGGACAUAAAGACCCUUCUGUUUGGGUCCAGCCUUUGCUGUUUCAAUGAAGAAUGGAAACUUCAGAGUUUUGCCUUUAAUGACGCAGCCUCGUUAAAAUAUGGCAUUGUGCAGAACAAGGGUGGUCCCUGCGGGGUUCUGGCGGCUGUCCAAGGCUGUGUCCUACAGAAGCUCCUGUUUGAAGGAGAUAGUGGAGCCAGCUGCGCUCGGCAGCUGCAGCCUUCAAACGCUCACAGGACCCACUGCUUGGCCCUGGCCAUCGCAGACAUUGUGUGGCGGGCCGGGGGCCACGAGAGAGCCGUGGUCACACUGGCUUCGGGAACACAGCAGUUCAGUCCAGCGGGGAAAUACAAAGCAGAUGGAAUCUUAGAAACACUCAUACUCCACAGUUUGACCUGCUAUGAGGAGCUGGUGACUUUUCUUCAGCAGAGCAUCCAUCAGUUUGAAGCAGGCCCCUAUGGAUGUGUCCUGCUUACCCUGUCGGCCAUCCUGUCCAGGUCCACAGAACUGGUCCGCCAGGACUUUGAUGUCCCCACCAGCCACCUGAUUGGAUCACAUGGAUAUUGCACGCAGGAACUUGUCAAUCUGCUCCUGACGGGGAAAGCCGUGUCCAAUGUUUUCAAUGAUGUGGUCGAGCUGGACUCUGGCGACGGGAACAUCACGCUCCUCAAAGGCAUCGCCACGCGCAGCGACAUUGGCUUCCUGUCUCUCUUUGAACAUUAUAACGUGUGCCAGGUCGGCUGCUUCCUGAAGACCCCGAGGUUCCCCAUCUGGGUGGUGUGCAGUGAGAGCCACUUCAGCGUCCUCUUCAGCCUGCAGCUGGAGCUCCUGCGAGACUGGAGGACCGAGAGGCUCUUUGACCUGUACUACUACGACGGCCUAGCCAACCAGCAGGAGCAGAUCCGGCUGACCAUUGACACCACCCAGACCGUCCCUGAGGACAAAGACAACGACCUCGUCCCGCCCCUUGAGCUCUGCAUUAGAACCAAGUGGAAGGGGGCAUCAGUGAACUGGAAUGGCUCAGACCCCAUCCUGUGACUCUCCACGUGGGUAAGCCCCACAGCUCCAGUGCUCAUCACUGGGGGUGAUGGCUGAAUCCCAGGCCUGAAGGACAAGUCUCUCAGAAGAGUGUCACCUGCACAUGGACCAGCACUGCUACAGAAGCAUCCAGAACCUCCCUACCCCUGCCAUGAAGGGCCUGCCCAGGACUGUGGGCCCAGAGUACUGCUUUGCAGCACCCUCUGGGCUGAGCUGUGGCUGCCAAGGAUGGAAUGAGGCCGGGCGGGGCCUCUGCUGCCCCCCACCUGCAUCCCUGCCUCACUCCCUGCCAAGCCAUCCCCUCGCCAGGCCUCUGAUACGGUCGGCCCUGGGGACCCUGGGCACUCCUUAUUUCUGGUAGUUGGCUCUAUAAAGCAGGAGUCAAACCCA